AUGCGAUAUGGAUCAGACCCAAAGCCUGUUUUAAGAAAGAAGAGAUCGAAUAAAGGUGUUCUCAAACAGGAUUUACAAUACAAGAGUAUUGUUGAAUUGAAAUUACUAGAUCAAUUACAAAUUUUUCAGGAUAUUGAUGAUAUAAUACGCAAUCAAACACCAGAAAACAUUGAUGAAACCUUCAAUAAACUCAAAGAUAUCAUCACUAUCGAUGAAGAUCUCAUCUAUUACAUGUAUAACGUUCUUGGUUAUUACACUUACCUGGAAGAUGACGAUCAUAAAUAUGACAACCUUGAAAAGCUUCUUUCAACAAUAAAGGAGCCUGAAUAUAACAAUAAUUUCAGCACUCUUUUUGAAAGUGAGAUUCCUUCAACGAAAAUUCGAGAGAUGUUACGAGGGGACAAGAUAGAAGUAUCUAAAGAUAUACUUACAAACUCGAAUUUAAAGAAUGAAAGGCUUCUUGAAGCAUGUUGUCUCGAUGGAAAUGUAAAUUGUCUUAAUUUCUUUCUUGAUAAUGGUUAUUCAAUUCCCAAAGACUUAAAUAGAUGCGCCGCAAUUGGUGGAAAAAUGGAAAUUAUUAAAAUUCUUGAAGAAAAAGGGGUCAAUUUUAAUAAUUGUUUAGAAUGCGCAAUUGCAGGCCAUAAUCAUGAAGUUGCAGAUUACUUAAUGCAAAAGUAUACCUGCGAACCGAUUGAUGGCCAGGCAUGCUUAUUUUAUUUCAAUUUCAAAGGAUAUUGGUUUUGCUUGCAAAAUAAGUUAGAAACAAGGAAUGAGCUUUGUUUACUUAUUGCUAAAGGCUAUAGUCAUUUCAUUGAUUAUAUUUGGACGACUGAUAUUUAUAAAUUCAGUAUUACUGAUUACUUUGACAAAUUCUGCGAAUUGAGGGAUUUCAAGAAUCUUUAA